UUGGUCCGCUCUUUUUAUUUUUUAUUUUUGCAAGCCAGCGCAAGAGUUUUCGCCGCUCCUCCACCCCGGAGGUGGGAUCCUUUUUUUUUGCAAAAAAAAGAUAAGGGAAAAAAAGGAAGCGCGGACAAGACUGCAUCCAAGAUGAAGGCGUCUUUUGCAAUCCUCCUGGCCGCCUGUCUCUGCGUGCAAAGAGCUUCGUCGCUGGUGUGCUGGUACUGCGAAGGAGCGGAAUCGAACUGGGGCUGUUGGAGGUGGCAAAUCUGCUCUGAUUCAGAAACCUCUUGUGCUACCGUCUACGUUGGUGCAGGACUGGCUGGUUAUUCGUCGCAGUCCAUCACCAAAGGCUGUGUUCCGGUUUGCCCACAAAUGGGGGUCAACCUUGGCUUCGCAGCCACGUCCGUCAGCUGCUGUUCGUCUUUCUUAUGCAACAUCAACGGAGCCAGCAGCGUCAAAACAAACCACCUGAUCUUGGCUGCUGGGAUCGCCGCCAGCUUCUUCUACCUCUUUGGACCCAGGCUGUGAUUUUUUUGAGAAAUAUUUGCACGCAGAAGGAGUCUGCUCAGCCUUCUCUGCCGAGAAGCCCGAAAAUAAUGUGUUUCUCAAUGGCAUAUAAUUCCAUUGCUUUUUAACCCAAAUGAAUCCGUGUCUCUGCACUUUGUAUUGGUCUUAAGAGGAAAGAGACCUUUUCACUUCUCUUUUUUGGGGGGCGGGGAAGGGAGUGGGGGGGGGGAAAUGAGAUGUUUUGUAUGGCAACACUGCCCCCUUGAGGCUGCUGGGAUUUUUGCACACCCUGGUGAGGAGCUGCAGUUUGUUGGGGAAAUAAUUUUGCACGAAAUAGAAGCCAAAAACUCCGCUGAACAAAACAUUCCUAAUCCCAAGGGGGGCUUUAAACAGGGGCCUUAAACUGUGUUUUCCGCUUGGUGGUUCACCAGGAGGCAAAAUCGACUGGAGGCAGGGGUGGGAAAACACCUCGGAUGAAAUCAUUACUAUUUUUUGUAUAUUCUGAAUUUAGAUCCAGUUUUUUGCUUGUCACAUUUCACAUAAAGAGCAAUGUGACAUGCACGAAGCGUUUGGAUUCGGAAAAGGGAUUUGUUUUUUUUUUGUUUUGCCUGUUAAAAUUUUACAUUAAAAAGUGAACACUGUCUAGACAAUUUUGCAAGCUAUGUGGGUUUUCAACACAUGGUUCUCUUGUGCUUUCUGAACUUUAAUAAAUACAUUUUGGUUUUUACCUUA